AUGUUUCCUGAUCAAGAGUCCCAAAAUGAGGAGCUUGAUCUUAUAAGCUUCCUCGCGCAAGAACCAUUGCCAGCUCAAAUUUUCCAGAUUGCACUCGAUAUUCGAAUGUUAAGAGAAUACUUCCCGGAAUUGGCUAACGAGAAGAAGACCAAGAUGGUUGGCGUCGCGAUUGAGUCAAACUCGGCUCAAACCACGGCAACAAGCUCCUUUGGCAUCCCUUUAUCCACUUCGAUUCGAAAUGGGCGCCUCACCCGUUGGGGAACCAGAAAAAAUAAUGCGGAAGAAGAAAAACAGCCUGGCUGGAGAAAAUUGAGUGUUAUUAUGCUCUCCCUUUACUUGUGCAUGGUGGUUGUGUCUCUAGAUCGAACAAUCCUCGGCACCGCUAUCCCUACCAUCACUAAUGAGUUUCACUCUCUUGAAGAUGUAGGCUGGUAUGCAUCUGCCUAUCUUCUUACAAGCUGCGCUACACAAUUGAUCUUUGGUAAAAUCUACAAGUUUUACAACUAUAAAUGGGUUCUUAUGGUGGCAAUUUUCAUAUUUGAAAUUGGUUCUGCUAUAUGUGGUUCGGCACCAAAUUCUAAGGUUUUUAUCGUUGGUAGAGCAAUUGCCGGUCUAGGUUCUGCGGGUAUCUUCAAUGGGGUCCUCCUGAUCAUGACUGACAAUGUGCCUCUUCAUCGUCGGCCUGUCUUUAUGGGUCUAUUCGGGGGAAUCAUAGCUGUGGCUAAUGUUUGUGGUCCACUUCUGGGUGGUGUUUUUACCACAAAAGUCAAUUGGAGAUGGUGUUUCUAUAUCAAUCUUCCAGUAGGUGGAAUGGUUGCCUUUAUUCUCUUCUUCAUCGUCAAAGGAUCACCAAGCAAAAAUACAGAUACCUUCCGCCAAAAACUUCAAAAGAUGGAUCGGUUCGGAACACUAGUCUUCAUCCCAGGCAUUAUAAGCAUACUUCUGGCAUUGCAAUGGGGAGGCAACACAUACAACUGGGGAAAUGCAAGAAUCAUCGUUCUCUUCAUACUUGGGGGGAUUCUUCUGACACUUUUCGUCAUAAUUCAAUUCAAAGCCGGAGAGAAUGCAACGGUACCUAUUCGAAUUAUCAAGCAAAGAUCUAUUGCUUCGGGAGUAUGGUUUUCUUUUUUCAAUCCAGGAUCGAUGUACAUUCUAAUUUAUUACCUUCCAAUUUGGUUCCAAGCUAUUCAAGGACUCGACGCAAUCAGUUCCGGCCUUCAUACCAUUCCAUUGGUCCUCGCUCUCGUUUUAUCCAAUCUUCUUGCAGGAAUAUUUACAAAAACUACAGGUUACUAUGUCCCUAUGGUAAUUGCAUCCUCAGUUGUUGCAACAAUUGGCGCAGGGUUUUUUACCACUUUACGAAUAGAUAGUGGACCGGCACAAUGGAUAGGUUGGCAGGUUCUAAUCGGAUGGGGUCUUGGUCUCGGCAUGCAACAAGCCAAUCUAGCCGUCCAAGCAUGUCUGCCAGAUGGUGAUACGUCAACUGGUCUUGCACUGAUGUUCUUCGCACAAGGUCUGGGUGGCACGAUCUUUGUCACUGUUGGUCAAAUCAUCUUCUCUCAUCAACUAGUCAAGAACCUCUCGGCUUUGAAUCUCCCUUCUCUACCAGCGUCCCUCAUCUUACACACCGGCGCCACCGAACUUCGAAAACUCGUCCCUGCACAAUACCUUCAAGAAGUCCUCGUAGCAUACAAUGCGGCUAUUACGACAACCUUUCUCGUGGCUAUCAUCACAAGUGCUGUUACGAUUUUUGCCGGCUUAACCAUGGAAUGGAAAAACAUCAAGAAAGUCAAGAGAAAUCCACAAAUCACAAGUCCUUCUGCAAGUCAUGGUGGUUCUGGUAGUGAUGAGGAAUGUCCAGAUCUUGCGCGUUAUACUGAGGAAGUGGAAGGUGUGCAAGGUGGAGUCACUGAUACUAAUGCGGGUUCUUCGAAUAUGCUCGAUCUUCAACAACAGUUAGAAACCAUUAGGGAGGAGAGAGAGAAAUCUAGUUCUGCGGAUACGAGCCCAAAUGCUACAAAGACUGCGGGUGGUGCGGGUGCGGGCGGGGAUAUGAAUGAGAUCAUUAUGCAGGAGAGUGAGAAGACUGGUUAG